AGUCGAUCGAUCUUCUCAUAAACUACAAGCUGAUCGAUCUCCUCUAUUCCGGCUAGUAUCUCCAGUCUCCCUCGAGCCUUGAGAAAAAUGGUGAAGAUAUCGUUGGGAAGCUUGUCUGACUCAUUUGCUGUUGGUUCUCUCAAGACUUAUCUCGCAGAGUUCAUCGCCACCCUCCUUUUCGUGUUCGCCGGCGUCGGAUCGGCGAUUUCUUACAGUAAGCUCACCUCGGAUGCUUCGUUGGACCCUCCUGGCCUUGUAGCCAUAGCCGUGGCUCAUGCCUUUGCGUUGUUCGUGGGAGUCUCCAUGGCAGCCAACAUCUCAGGUGGCCACUUGAACCCAGCUGUCACCUUUGGAUUGGCCAUUGGAGGCAACAUCACCGUCCUGACUGGCAUCCUCUACUGGGUUGCACAAUUGCUUGGCUCCAUCGUCGCCUGCCUCCUCCUCCACUUUGUCACCAACGGCAAGUCAAUUCCGACUCACAGCGUUGCAUCGGGGAUGUCUGCCAUCGAGGGUGUAGUGAUGGAGAUAAUUAUAACCUUUGCACUGGUGUACACCGUCUAUGCCACCGCCGCUGACCCGAAGAAAGGCUCACUUGGGACAAUAGCUCCUAUUGCAAUUGGGUUCAUCGUUGGCGCGAAUAUCCUGGCAGCCGGUCCCUUCAGUGGUGGAUCAAUGAACCCGGCUCGAUCUUUUGGACCGGCAGUGGUCAGCGGAGACUUCUCCCAGAACUGGAUCUACUGGGUGGGCCCACUCAUCGGGGGUGGCUUGGCCGGUUUGAUUUACGGUGACGUCUUCAUCGGGUCAUACACCUCACUCCCGGUCUCCGAGGACUAUGCUUAAGCCUUGGAAGGGCAACGAGAGAACAAUGAAGUAGAAAUACUCCUGGGUUUUUUAGUAUGGGAGUUCCUUACUGGGUGGAAUAAGAAGUGUGGAUAUGUCUGUUUGUUUCUAUCCUUGUCUCAUUGUAUGCGCAAAUGUGUGAUUAUUUUCUAGUGUAUUUGACUAUUUGUUGUGAAAAUGAAUGGACUUGCGGGUCGGACCGCUUCGUGAUGCAA